GGUGGGGGGAGGGAGUGAGUGCCUCCCCUGCGAUGACGUCACCUGUCAUGGCGGCGCCCAUGAAAGUUGGAACAAAUACGUUGGAGAGCUCCUCUAAGUCUGUGAUAGAGCAAAUAGCAGACAAAUUCAAGGUUGCCGAAAAUUCCGGACCCCUUGUGGAUAAGGGUGUGUCAGACCUUAUUGAUGGAUUAGUAGCCACGCGGUUAGAUGAGAAACAGAGGGCGGAACUGUUUGAUAAACACCUCUGUCCUGCCAAUGUGCAGAAACUUAAACCACCCAGGGUUAAUACCGGUAUUUGGCAGUCGAUGGAUUUAGAAGCAAGGCAACGGGAUGCCAAAUCCCAGAAACUACAGGAAAUUUUCUUGCGUGGUUUAGUGCCCUUAAUUUCGGCAGUUGACAAACUAAAUGACAUGUCAAACCGAAAGUCUUCUGAUCAUGAAUUGGUCAACAAAGUAUCCUCUGUCAUGGGGGAUAUAGUGGAUGGCGUGGCUCUCAUUGCCUCUGGGAACUACGAACUCAGCAUAAAAAGGAGAGAUGCCAUUCGACAAAACUUAAGAGCUGAAUACAAACCGCUGUGUUCUCACAGCAAUCCUGUCACAGAGUUUCUGUUCGGGGAUGACUUAUCAGACAAGAUAAAGGACUUAUCUGAAACCAACAAACUUGUUUCAAGACUUGCCUCCCCGGGGCGUCAGAUGUCUGUGAGGGGGAGAGGCAGUGCCAGAGGAAGGGGCUGGCGAGGAAGGGGUAGAGCUACUUUUUUAGAGUACAACACAAGCAAUUUCCACAGUCCAAACAGGUACAACCCCUAUCCUCCCAAGUUCCAGAACCAGCAGGGAAACCGCGGGUCACCCCUGAGAGGAAGGAGACCACACCGGAUGUAAAGCAACCUGAUAGAGCGAGUGUUGCAAAAGAUUCGGGAGGACAGAGCAGAGGGCAUGUUGAUAGUGCCCAGGUGGACCACUCAGAGCUGGUAUCCGAUGCUGUUGCGGAUGAUGGUGUCACCACCACACCUCAUUCCCCAA